AAGACUUUCUGUGUUCUGUUCAUCGCUGUUUAUCCACAACUGACGUCAUAGAACCUUCUUCUGAUUACCCACAACUGACGCCACAGAAGCUCUUGUUGUCAUCAAAGCCUUCAAGAUCAAGAACUACGAGAAAGAGCACGAGAGUACCCAGCACUGACUGCUAUUGCUAAAACCUUUCAUCAUGCCACAAAACUCACCGAUGAAGCAAAAUCACUUCAUAGUUCAACUGACGCCACCCGUACCAUGGAUCAACCCUGCUGGCUGGUCAGCUCACUCCGUCCCCGUCCCUUCAUUCAGCGACAUUGGUCACCAGCUGGCCGAAAACAUGGCUCCAGAACCAGCAGACUGCCAGCCACCAGGUAAAAGACGGAGAAUGGAAUCUGAACCGUCCCCCGAUGGUGUGGAGUCCAGUGUCAGCGGUUUCGGGUUACACCCCUUCUCAAGUAGUCAGACGAAGAAUGCUGGUGACGUCAGUAGUGGUUAUGAUCACGUGUCCAAGAUGUCGAUGGAAACCCAGUUGUGGUGGCGCCUUCGUGAACAGGUGCUGAGAGAAAAGAGAGACAAUUCGCUGCAUUGUGGGACGGUGGAGACCGGAGCUGUGGACUGGGAAAAGGUCCAAGCUGUGUCUGCUCCAGUGUUCUCUCUUGUCGGCGCCUUCGUGGCAAACUUUCAGGAGGAAUUUUACACCGACAGAUUUUCCCUGGAAGAGCGAGUUUUUCUCAAGCACUUGUGCACCGAGUGCAAGAUCGAGACAACUGACCAGCUCUGUAACAACGACAGUGUGGUCACACUCAGGAAGACAAGUGAGACUCUUUUUCCCACUGAGCAAGUUUUCCAACGCGUUCUGAUGACCCUCCAACAAUCACAAACAAGGGUCGGGCUGGGACAAAGCUUCUGACAGCUGAACGACGACCGGAACCUGGGAACUUGACAUGCAGCUCGAGAGAACAGACAGACAGACUAUAAAUAGUUCUUGGCAAUAACUUAUUUGUAUUUGCAAAACUGUUCGAUUUUUGGUCAUUAAAAAAAGACAAAUGUU